AUGGAGAGAAACGGUGCUGCCCUUCCACAAACACUAGACCCCACGCACCACUUCCACAUCGUGCUGCUGGAUCAGAGACAGAGGCUGUGUGGCCAGAUUGCUCACCUUCACAAGGUGGCUCGUAAACUCAACAAGCUCCGCAAGAGGUCCCUGAUUGCCAACGUUGGCGGGAGCACCCUGACCGCUGCGGGAGCUGUCACAGCCAUCGUGGGGCUGUCCCUGAGCCCAGCAACACUGGGGGCCUCUCUCCUGGCGUCGGCUGUGGGUCUGGGCCUGGCCACUGCCGGGGGGGCCGUCAGCAUCACCUCCGAUCUCUCCUCCGUGCUCUGCAAUUCCCGGGAGGUGAGGAAGGUGCAGGAAAUCGCAAUGACUUGUCGGAAACAGAUGAGGGAAAUCCUCGGCUGCCUGGAGUUCCUCCGCCGGGGGCAGGGCCCGGGGGACCCCACACUGCGCCAGUCGGAGAAGAGGGCCUCCAUCUCGCUGUACAACUCCAUCUGCUUCAUGGUCUUCUGCGGCUCGUGUGCAGGCAGCAAACCUUUCAUGUAG